AAUGAUUCUUCAUCGAAAAUAUCUGCUCGAGAAAUGCUGCCGAAGAUUGAUAAAAGUGGGAGGUUUUGCAGUCCUAGAGCCGCCAGAGAACUUGCUCUGUCCAUAAUUUACGCCGCCUGUUUACAAGGGUCGGAUCCAGUUCGGCUAUUUGAGAAACGUAUGAACGCGCGUCGAGAACUCGGCUAUGAUUUUGACAAGGAGAAGCUGCUAGAGUAUAAUCAUAUGAGCUUCGGGGGGCCACCUGUUACUGUUGAAUCAAUUGAAGAAGCUAAUGAACUCCUGCAGAAAAAUGAAAAGGAAUCUGCCAUAGAAGCAGAUGUCCUUGCGGCUCCUCCAAAGCUAGUAUAUAGCAAACUUAUUUUGAGGUUUGCGAGGAAAUUAUUGGUUGCUGUUAUGGAUAAAUGGGAUAGUCAUGUCCUUGCUAUUAACAAAGUCAUCCCAGAAAAUUGGAAGAAUGAGCCAUCAGGUAGGAUAUUGGAACUUUCUAUCCUUCACUUGGCAAUUUCUGAGAUUGCGGUGCUUGGAACAAGGCACCAAAUCGUCAUUAAUGAGGCGGUGGAUCUCGCUAAACGGUUUUGUGAUGGAGCAGCCCCUCGUAUCAUUAAUGGGUGUCUCCGGACAUUUGUUAAAGAUCUGGAGCAAACACACGAUUAACUGAGACAUCUCACAGCAGAAAUGAAGGGUUUCGUUGAUUUAGAUGUGUUUAUUGCUCUUCGAUACCUUCAUGAAGAGGAUUUCGGAAUAGCAGCAAAUUUUUUUUUUUUUUUUAACAGAAACGCAGUGAAGGUAAUUUGAGAACUCAAAUUUUUGUCAGAUUCUUGUUCUCAUUUGCAUGUACUACCGGCUGAUUGUGGAAGGAAAGGAGAGGGACGUGGAGGAAACUGUCCACCUGACCAUGAAGGCAUGAACCAUCAUGUCAAGUGUAUGUUAUAGUAUUUAUCGCUCACUAAUUUCUAUCA